CGUCAUAUUUACUACACUCCCAGAGACAGAGCGCCUCUUGCCUAUAUUUGGGGAUAUAUUUUUACUCAACGCGUCUCUUGAGAAAACAGAUUUUUUUCUAGUGCGAGAGCCUCAUUGUGACAGCAUUUAUUCCGGAACGUUCGGAGCCAUCACAAGAAAUCAAAAUGUGGAGUUUUUUCGGUAUUUUGGCGUUAGUCGUUGGAGCCAACUGUAUGUACUCGUCAACAUCCGAUGUAGUGGAUUUGACCCCAAGCAAUUUUGACAAAUUGGUCAUAAACAGCGACCAUGUAUGGAUAGUAGAAUUUUAUGCACCUUGGUGCGGACAUUGCAAACAAUUGACGCCGGAAUAUGACAAAGCAGCAACUGCACUAAAGGGUGUAGUGAAAGUUGGUGCAGUCAACGCCGACGAGCACCAAUCAUUGGGAGGUCGAUUCGGAGUCAGUGGUUUUCCAACCCUGAAAAUUUUUGGAGCUAACAAAAACAAGCCAGAAGAUUACAGAGGUGCGAGAACGGCACAGGGGCUUGUCGAUGCAGGAUUAGCGGCGGCAGAGCAGAAAGUGCGCAGUGCUAUGGGUGGUGGAAAAAAAUCAUCUUCCGACUCGAAAUCCAAAGACUCCAAGGACGUAGUUGUAUUGACGGAUGAAAAUUUUGACAAGCUUGUAUUGGGCUCGGAGGACAUGUGGUUGGUAGAAUUUUAUGCACCUUGGUGCGGACACUGUAAAAACUUGGAGCCGAUUUGGGCUAAAGCUGCUUCCGAAUUGAAGGGCAAAGUAAAACUGGGUGCACUCGACGCAACGGUGAACAAAGUCAAAGCUAGUGAAUACGAAAUCCGGGGUUACCCAACGAUUAAAUAUUUCGCUCCUGGCAAAAAAGACUCGGAUUCUGUCGCUGAGUUCGAUGGCGGUCGAACGACUGACGACAUCGUUAAUUGGGCUCUAGAAAAAUUGACGGAGAAUAUUCCAGCCCCAGAAGUCCUACAAAUAGUCGACGAGAGUUCCCUCAAAGAAGCUUGCGCGGAAAAGCCUCUCUGCGUUGUUUCUGUUCUCCCUCACAUUCUCGACUGCCAAUCAAACUGCAGAAAUUCAUAUCUCGAAACUCUUCGAUCUCUCGCCGAUAAGUACAAGAAAAAAAUGUGGGGAUGGGUCUGGUCCGAAGCUGGGGCACAGAACAACGUCGAAGAAGCUCUGGAAAUUGGUGGCUUCGGAUACCCUGCUCUCGCCGUUGUAAACAUGAAAAAGUUGAAAUAUUCCCUUCUCAAGGGUAGUUUCUCACGAGACGGAAUUAAUGAAUUCCUUCGCGAUCUCAGCUACGGACGUGGCGGCACCGCACCCCUCAAGGGAGCUGAAUUACCCAAGAUCCAUAAAAUCACUCCUUGGGAUGGCAAGGAUGCUGAACCUCCACAGGAAGAAGAUAUUGAUCUGAGCGAUGUCGACCUCGACGAAAAAGACGAGCUUUAAAUCUGCCCACUCAUUGUUCGAUCUUCUCUCCGAAGAAUCAAGUUUUCAAGUUUUUUUUAGUUGGAACGCAGCGACGUUUGGCUUUUUUCUCAAUUAUUUUAGAUUUUUCCUCACGAAUUUUUUAAAUUCAGAAAUAAUUCUGUUUUCUUUGGAGAAAAAAAAAUAAUAUUUUGCUGCAUUCCAACUAAUGGAAGUUUCGUUAAGGACAAAUAUGGAAAAUAAUUUCCAGUGAUUGUUGUAACAACAUACCUUAUCUUCGAACGAGUCAUUAGCAGUUGAUCGACCCAUUAUCAUAGUUUUGUUCUUCGCCAAUAAUCAUUGAACAAGGUCGAUCAACUUUUCAUUUAUUAUUUGAAUAAUGGUGGUACGAGAAUGAGAGUUUGAGGCGAUAAUGAAUGAAUGAAACUGAGGAAUAAGGAAAAACAAGAGAGAGAGAGAGAGAGAGACAUUUAUGUGACUUUUUUCACUAACGAGUGACAAAACUCUUCCAACGUAACUUAACAAAAAUGAAAAAAACACUUUGAUCCCUUUUUCUAUUUACACUCACAUUAUGCAAAUUUACACUGAUGUUUUCAGUGCAAAGAAAAAACAGAAUUUCGCGUUAAAGUAAAAAAAAUUGUUUUUUCGAAAAUAACAUUUUUUGUACAAUUAAAAAAUGAUUGAAUGCAGAACAAAAAGUAAAAAAUAAUUUCUUCCUGCAUUGGAAAAAAAACGAAUUGCUUACUAGUGGAAUUCGAUCAAUGUCGACCAAUGAAAAGUAGAAAAUGAAUUCACUAUGAAAUUGACAAUUUGAAAUCCGUAGAAAAAUGUUGAAAAUCAUAAAUUCGCAAUAAAUUUUGUUUUAUUUACUUUAAUAGUGUUUGAACAAAACGAACAUAAUUCUACCUGAAUAUUUCAAACUCUAAAGUCAUUUUUUAAUUGCAUUCAUCGGUCUAACGCAUCGAAGGUCAUUUGACUAAUAAGUGAACGUGCAAAUAUUUGUGUUUUUUAAUUAACGACCAUUCCAUUAAUAAUUCUGCUCAGGAAUGCUAAAAAUCAUUGUAUUUUUCUAAACUCCCCCCUCCCCUCCUCCCACUAUUCAAAGAAAUGUAAAUUGGUAGAAAAAUAAUCGCUCCGAAUGCAACUAAUUGCAAGAAAUAAAAUCAAUUUCGAAUUGUCGAGGAAUUGACUUUUUUCAAAUAAAUGAAAUCCAAAAAAAUUGAAUUUUUUCAUCACGUAUCCUCGUAAUAUUUUCAAGGGGAUACGAUAUUUUUCAAUUUUCCCAAUUAUUUUUCCACGCGGCCCUAACCGAUCUCGUUUUUAUUACGAUGAAUUUGUAAUCGCACAGAAAAGCGUCUUCCAUCGAACGCGAAAAAAGAUGUGAGAAAAAAAAUGCGAAGGAAAAGUAUAAAAAAUUAUUAUUCGAAAUAAUGCUGAAGAAAAAUUGUAAAUCAUGGAUAACACGAGAGAAGAGGAGCAAAAAAGUGAACAUAAUUGUGUACAUGUGAGCUUACAAAAGCACAGCGAUCUUAAAUUUAAUCUAUUUUGUAAUUAUCAUUUUUUCUCGUUUCAACGAAUAAAUAUUUCACGUACAAACGA